AAAAUAUGAAGGAAGAUGAUCUCGGUUUAAAAAAUGAGAGAUUCAGGGUUAUUUAUGACACAUUGAAAACUUAAGUCACAAGAUCGGAAACAAGAGAAACUCGUAAGGAGUUACAUGUGAUAUUCUUCUAGGAGUCAAUAGAUCCCGGGGAGCUUUUGGUCGAGAGAGACGGAAAGAGUCAGAGAGAGAAUAUGGGAAGAGAAGUAGCGGAGAGCUGUGUAGACACUAUGUUGAUGGAGAUGGUGGCUAUGUACAGUGCUCGAUUCUACGCUAACAAACCUGAACUCGCCGCGAGGAGGAUCGAGGCCAUUGGUUAUCAGGUCGGCCACCAGCUCUCCGAGAGGUACACUAUGGAAAGACCACGGUUCAGUGACCAUUUAGAGGCAAUCAAGUUUAUCUGCAAAGACUUCUGGUCUGAGGUCUUCAAGAAGCAGAUUGAUAAUUUAAAGACAAACCACCGGGGUACUUUUGUAUUGCAAGACAACAAGUUCCGGUGGUUGUCUCGUGUCUCAAUUGACCCUUCAUCAGAGAAAGAAACUGAAGAUCCGUCUACUCCAGGGGAAAGCAAAGCAGCACAAGCGGUGAGCAUGUACCUGUAUUUCCCAUGCGGGAUCAUAAGAGGUGUCCUCUCCAACUUGGGGAUACCUUGUGCUGUCUCCGCAGACAUAUCAAGCCUUCCCACAUGCUCUUUCGUGAUUCGGGUCAAGGCUUGAUUCUGCAUUUAGCAGGAAUUCGUCCGGCUUUAGAUUCCAGCUCGGCUUUAUACUUUCAUGGAAGAUAGAUUCUUCGGACCUGUGAUGUAACUAAAAACCCGUUGCUGUUUUAGUUGAUGAUACACGUUAGCCUUUUGGUAAAGAAACAGUGCAAGGCUUUGGUUUCAUGUUGGAAAUCACUUUUGUUUUGUUUUUUUUAUUGGCCUGUUUAAUGUAAAUUUUUAUUGA